ACUGUAGUGGGGUAUCACUUGUGAAGCGCUGAGUGUAUGCAGCCGCUGCUGUAGUUGCGACAGUCCGGGCUGGAAAUACACGCGUAAGCAGGAGGUCUCUCUCUCCCGUACCAGGUGGGUUGUUGGUUUAGCCAGAGGCAGGAGGAGGGACUUGAGAUCUGUUCCUAACCUCUGAGUCAGACAUCGGCGCUCGCAUUCCUCUCUGAGAAACUCGGAUGGGCGGACGAGUAGUUCGCCUCUGCGGCAGCGGAAUUGUUUCGGGCUGGAGAAGAUAAAAAUCAUGGAUUUACCGAACGGAAUGAAACUCCGCGGACGUCGGGGGCGUGCGGUCUGAUUUUUAUACAGUCUCACUUUCAAACAACUCCCAGUCCUAGACGGUCCGAAUAUGCUGGAUGAGACGAGCGGGGCUCUUUAACGCUGGACUAGCAAACCUAACGGCAAGCUCGAACUGAUCUUCGCAGGAGCCUCGCGUGUUUAAAAUAACAAAUAUGAUCCUAACUCAGAUCGAGGCCAAGGAGGCGUGUGAUUGGCUGCGGGCUGCAGGGUUCCCACAGUACGUGCAGCUGUAUGAAGAUGCCCGGUUCCCCAUUGACAUCUCUUCGGUCACCCGGGACCAUGACUUCCUGGACCGGGAUGCCAUUGAGGCUCUCAGCAGGCGGCUGAACACACUCAACAAAUGUGCGCUGAUGAGGCUGGAGAUCUCUCCUCAGAGGAAACGAAGUGAGGACUCUGACGAGGACGAGCCGUGCGCCAUCAGCGGGCGGUGGACCUUCCAGCGGGACAGCCGACGCUGGUCCCGGCUGGACGAGCUGGACGUGUUCUCCCUGCCGGGGGACGCCGGGCCGCCGCCCGCAGGUCGGCCAGCGGGGGGCGCCGAGAGCGCGCUGGCGCAGCUGAGCGAGCAGCCAGAGGUGGGCUCGCUGCACAGCGCCGGCAGCAGCGCCGGCAGCCAGGGGGCGGAGCCUCCCAGCCCCCGCCCGGCCGCCACCCGCACCAACUCUGUCGCCAGCAACUGCUCCUCAGGCACCUCGGCCGCCAACGAGGACUCGCUGUCGGAGGGCCCGCCCUCGCCCCCCGAGCGCUUCCCGCCGGAGGCACGGCCGCCCGGGAAGAGCGCCCGCUCCAGGGCCAAGAGCUUCCUGCGGAGGAUGGAGAGCCUGCGGCUGCGCGGGCCGCAGGGCCGGCGGAAACGGCGGGCGGGGACGUCCAAGCUGGAGAUCAGCGGGCCGGUGCUGCGGGAGGGGCCGGACGAGGAGAAGCUGCGCCGCCUCAACUGCGUGGACAUCUCCGCCCUGAACGGGCGCGGCCGCUGCGCGUCACACCCCUGCAGCGCCCGCCCCGCCCACCCCGCGGGCAGCACCGGCAGCAGCAGCGGGGGGAGCAGCCAAUCGGACGCCAGCGGCGGCAGCGCGGUCAGCACGCCCAGCCCCGUGGCCCGCGCCCGCAGUCACAGUGCCCGCGGCGGUGCCAAGCGGGGGGGCAUGUACCUGGAGGGGUUCGACCCCUUCAGCCAGCUGCAGCUCCCGGGCGGGGACGAAGGGGCGGAGCCCAGGAACCUGCGCAACCUGCAGGAGGCGUCACAUGCUGAGGAAGAGGAGGGGGAGGAGGAGGAGGAAGAGGACGAGGACGAGGACGGGGUGGUGUUCUUCCUCAUCCCCGAGGGGCACAAGCCGGGGACGUUCCCUAAAGCGCUGUCCAACGGGCUCUGGCGCGGGGGAGACGGCCCCGCCCCCCCGCUCAGACGAGGCUCCGCCCCCCGGCUCCGCCGAGGCUCCACCGGCUCCCUGGACAGCCGGCUCAGUUUCUACGACAACGUGCCACCCUCGCCGGAAGGGGAGGAGCUGGAGGGGGAGUGGGCGGAGCCAGCGGGGGAGGAGGGCGACUCGGACUCUGCGCUGGACUCCGCCUCGCCCUGCCCCUCGUCCCCGCUGCAGGGCCGGCCGGGGGAGGCGGAAAACGGCAGCGACCUGGACAGCACGGGGAACCCCCUGAGUGAGCAGGAGGAGGGGCCAGCCGCCCGGGAGCGCAGGGACUCCGGCGUUGCCACCUCCCUCACCCGCUCCAACAGGCCCCAGAAGCUGCGCUGGCCCAGUUUCCAGGCGGCGCACCGGCCGGGUCGCUCCGCCUCGCCGCUGCAGAUCGGCUGCCAGUCCGUGGUGCAGAUGAACCUGCUGCAGAAGCUGUCUCUGCUCACUCUCACCGCCCUGCUGGAGAGACACGCGCCCACCAGCAAGCACGGCUUCAGCUGGGCCGUUCCCAAGUUUAUGAAGAGGAUCAAGGUGCGGGACUACAAAGACAGGAAUGUUUUCGGCGUCCCCCUUCAGGUGAACGUGCAGCGGACGGGACAGCCCCUUCCCCUGAGCAUCCAGCAGGCCAUGCGGUACCUGCGCAACCAAUGUCUGGACCAGGUGGGGCUGUUCAGGAAGUCGGGGGUGAAGUCACGGAUCCAGGCCCUGCGGCAGAUGAACGAGGUGGGCGCGGAGGGCGGGGUCAGCUACGAGGGCCAAUCGGCUUACGACGUGGCAGACAUGCUGAAGCAGUACUUCCGGGACCUGCCCGAGCCGCUGCUCACCAGCAAGCUGUCCGACACCUUCCUGCAGAUCUACCUGUACGUCCCGAAGGAGCAGCGGCUGCAGGCGGCGCGUGCCGCGGUGCUGCUCCUGCCGGAUGAGAGCCGCGAGGCCCUGCAGACGCUGCUCUGCUUCCUGAGCGACGUGGCCGCCAGCGUGGCCGAGAACCAGAUGACCUGCACCAACCUGGCCGUGUGCCUGGCCCCCUCCCUCUUCCACCUCAACACCAUGAAGAGGGACGGCUCCUCCCCCAGAGUGAUGCAGAGGAAGCAGAGCCUGGGGAAGCCGGAUCAAAGGGACCUGCAGGAGAACCUGGCUGCCACCCAGGGCCUGGCCCACAUGAUCACCGAGUGCAAGAAGCUCUUCCAGAUUCCGGAGGACAUGAGCCGAUGCCGGAGUUCGUACAUGGACCAGGGCCUGCACCCACCCAGAAUCGAGGUGCUGUCAGAAGCGGGGUACCUGAGGGAGGAGCUGGACGCCCUUCUGCGAGAGGCCAAGGACAAGUUCCGUGGCUACGACAGCUGCUCCACUCCAGAGCAGGCCGAGCUGGCCUACAAGAAGGUGCAUGAUGACUCCCCCCUGCGGCUGUGGAAGGUGACGGUGGAGGUCCCAGCCUCGCCGGAGGAGGUUCUGACCCGGGUUCUGAGGGAGCAGCAUCGCUGGGACGAGGACCUGCUAGAGGCCCGGGUGGUGGAGACCCUGGACCCCAGGACCGAGGUGUACCAGUACCUGCAAAACAGCAUGGCACCGCACCCUCCCAGAGACCACGUGGUUCUCAGGACGUGGGCGACGGAGCUGCCGAAGGGAGCGUGCGCCGUGGUGAGCGCCUCGGUGGAGCACGAAGGCGCCCCGCCUCCGACGGGCGGCGUGCAGGCCAACGUCCUCACCUCCCGCUACUUCAUCGAGCCCUGCGGCGCCGGGAAGUCCCGGCUCACCCACAUCUCCAGGGUGGACUGCAGAGGUCGUUUCCCGGAGUGGUACAACAAGGUGUUCGGACAUCUCUGCGCGGCGCAGGCGGUGCGGAUACGGGACUCCUUCACCUGCCAGCUCGACAAAUAA